UAUAGUGCGGUUUUUUUUAAUUACUUUUGUUUUUAUGUGCUGUGAUGCGAGAUAUAUAAGGUAGUCUCGCUCUCGCCGGUUUCAAUUCAUAUGAAGAAGGAGUCCGAUUCAGAUAAGAGGCGUGAUUGAAAGUUGUGAAUCAUAAUCAUGGCGAUUGAGGCAUGGUUGAUGGACGAUAGCAAUGAAGAUCCGAGGGUUCCUCACCGUCGCAACCCCAACGAAUUAGUUUCAUUGGACCAAUUAGCAGAAUUGGGAGUUUUAUACUGGCAGCUGAAUCCGAAUAACUAUGAGAACGAUCUAGAGUUGACCAACAUUAGAGAAACUCGGGGAUACAACUACAUGGAUCUGCUUGAUUUAUGCCCAGAAAAGGUGGAAAACUAUGAGGAGAAGUUGAAGAACUUCUAUACUGAGCACAUUCAUAAUGAUGAAGAGAUUCGUUAUUGUUUGGAAGGAAGGGGGUACUUCGAUGUGCGAGACAAACAUGAUCGCUGGAUUCGCAUUUUGAUAAAAGCCGGUGAUCUUAUCAUUUUACCUGCUGGAAUCUAUCACCGCUUCACCCUAGACCCAACUAACUAUGUCAAGUUAAUGAGGUUGUUUAAGGGCGAACCAGUGUGGACAGCAUAUAAUCGACCACAGGAAGACAAUCCUUCUAGAAAGGAAUACAUUAAGAGCCUAACUCAGAAAUUUGGAGUGCCCCUUGCCGCUCAUUAGGACCCUUAAAUGCACAACUAUAUAUCGUUUUAGACAUUACACCUUAAUAUUUGUCAUGUAAUUGUUGUCUGUGAACCUAAAACAGACUAAGCAUGAGAUGAAACGGACCUAACUCCUAAGCAUAUGAUAUAUGUUUGUCUGUGUGAAGCUGCUAUUGCCGUGUUCAGUUGUUUAAUUAAAUAAAGUGACAUUUACGCCACUACAUCACAGACUACAGAUACUGGCAUAUAUUUACGUUUGGUAGGCUUUGGGAAAAUGUGCGAUUCAUAACAUUUGGUGUUAAGAAUUAUCAAUGAUAAAUAUUUUGAGUUUA